UGAGGUCCUAAAUAGUCCUGAAUCACUCAUUGAUAUUCAUUCAAAAUCCUUUAAAAAUUGUGUUCUGAACCUAGGAAGAAGAUGGAAAGCAACAACGUAAUUCUCGUUAAUCAGAAACUAGAGGUCAUUGGUAUACUCAAACAAGCUGCGAAACUUUUUGCCAAGAAUCCUAGCUUCAUCAUCUUCACUGUUCUAACCUCCCUCCCUUUCUUCUUCUUCUUGGUUUACUAUGAAACUUUCCUACAAGGUUUCCUAGUUAAAACCUCUCAGAUUCUUCUACAACGACGCUAUGAUAACUUCCGCUAUAAUUGGCCGAUACCAUUUGAAAGCGAAAGAAAAUUGGACAAGGGAUUUUCUUACCAGCUUAUUCAACUCUGUUCUCUUUAUUUGCUGCCUCUUCAUCUCUUCGAGCUCAGCACCGUGCUUGUGAUCGUUGAUUUGGCCUCAAAGAUUUACAGAGAAGAAGAAAUCUGGAUGACUUUUAAGGAUAUGGUACAGAGACCAAUCCACGGAACAACUUUGAGGGGCAGUUUUGUCACAUUUGUUUACAUAACAAUCUUGUCAACAUGUUAUCUUCUUGGGCUGAUCUGGUUAGUAACACUCUACUUUGUUGUUUUAAGGAACCCUUUAUGUGAUGUUAUAUUUGGACUAUUAUGUGGGAUAGCUUUUAUGUUUUUGCUAAGGAUUUACUUGGAGUGGAGUGCCAUGUGGAACAUGAGUCUUGUGAUUUCCAUAUUGGAGGGUGUUUAUGGGGUUGAAGCAAUGGCUUUGUCUAAUUAUUUCAGCAGGGGAAAUGAGCGUCGCGGGUUGAUUUUGAUGCUUGUUUUCUUUGUUUUGGGAGUGAGUUUGAGGUUGUCUUGCCUCCUAUUUGGCUGCUUGGGAAGUGAGCGUUGGAUUGUUGCACAGAUUGGCUUGUUCUGUUUGGGGAAUGCGCUUAAAUGGGUCGCUUGCGUUGUGUAUUUCCACGAUUGCAAGAAUCGGAUUAUGGAGAAGAAAGUUGACGAAGAAGUAGGCAAAAAGGUUGAAGCUGUUGAUGAGAAUAAACAAAGUUCUUGAUAUGCAAAGGAAUGUAAAA